GCGAGAAAAAACUUGACGCCUCAAUUAAGUCUUCGCCUUCCUAUAAAAUCCCCGAAUUCCCCACGCCCAAAAACCCAAGCAAAAGAAUCCCCAAAUUCCAACAAGAACACCUUCGAUUUCGAUCCACCAAUCUAACACAACAUCCAAUAUCCAUGGCCGAUUCAGGCAGCGACGCCCCGAUCAGCAACCGCCCCGAGGAGGAGGUGACGGUGGAGAAGACGCCGGAGAUGGAGGCGGCGGCGGAGGAGGAGAGGCUGAGGUAUCUGGAGUUCGUGCAGCAGGCGGCGGCGCAGGUGCUGGUGCUGGCGGCGGCGGCGUACGCGUACGCCAAGCAGGGCGCCGGCCCGCUCCGCCCCGGCGUCGACCACGUCGAGGGCACCGUCAAGGCCGUCGUCGGCCCCGUCUACGACCGCUUCCAUGGCGUCCCCCUCGACCUCCUCAAGUUCCUCGACCGCAAGGUUGGUGAGUCCGUCCAGGAGCUGGACCGCCGCGUGCCGCCGGUGGUGAAGGAGGCGCCGGGCCUGGCCCGCUCGGCGGCGGCGGAGGUGCGGCAGGCGGGGCUCGUCGGCACGGCGACGGGGCUGGCCAAGUCGGCGAUCGCCCGCGCCGAGCCCAGGGCGCGGGACCUCUACACCCGGUACGAGCCCGUGGCGGAGCGCAAGGCGGCGGAGGCGUGGGCGGCGCUGAACCGCCUCCCGCUCGUGCCGUCGGUGACCCGCGCCGUGCUCCCCGCCGCCGCGAGCCUCUCGGCGAGGUACAACACGGCAGUGGCCGACGGCGCCAAGCGCGGCAGCGCCGUCGCCACCUACCUCCCGCUCGUCCCCACCGAGCGCCUCUCCAGGGUGUUCGGCUACCCGCUCGCCGACGCCGCCACCUCGCCGGCGCCGGAGAUGCAGCCCAUCCCGUCGCAGUAAGCCCACCCCACACGUAUUCUUCACCGUGUGGGUGGCCAAAAUACUACUUAGAACUUAGCUUUGGAUGAAUUAUGGAAUUAUUAUUAUCUUGUACUAUUAGUAAUGUGUGAUCGCCUUGUUGGGUCUUGUUAAUUGCUGCAAAUUGGUCGUGUAAUCCUUGUGUUAUGUGAACAACCAUAUGUGUAUUUGGUACUAUUCCAGUUCGACCCAUAAUGUUUCGUUAAAAAAAAGAAAAUGUUGAAGUUUGGGAAUUUUCAACAUAUUCGAUCUGAA